CAUGUUAAUUGUUAAGUGUCUUAACUUGUUGUUAUGCACUACAAUGUAUUUUUUAUGAGAUAACUCACCAAAUCUGUCAGUGACAGACUUUUGAUCAGGGACCUAGGAUAGGACACCGCAAGUUUUGGUUUGUUAUUUAUAGAGUGCAGAGUCUUCGGGGCUCUCCUGCCACCUACCUUCCCCGUAUGGCCACCGCCCCAUUUAGAUUCUGUUCCUCCUAAAUCUCCUCCCCGUUGGCCCCUGCGCUCUUCACAAAAUAGCUCUCUGCCUCACAGCAAGCCUGUGCGUCUCAUAUUCAAGGAGCCUGCCUCUGAGGUGGUUGCAACUUGCUUGGGACGAGGAUUUGGAUUUUGGAGGCAAGAUUGGACCGCAGACUGUGAGAUCCAUCCAAUCCAACAACCGAAUCCAAUCCAAUCCAAUCAGAGAAAAAGAAAAAAGGCGAAAGGCUCGUGUCUGUGUGGCACCACAUCUUGCCAUCAGGGAAAAUGGGGCUGUCAAUCUCGUACCCACCAGACGACUACCUGCCAGCAGUGGAGGACGACAUGGGGCGGCUGUUCAUCCGGUCUCUCAGCUUCGACGACAUGGAGGCCGCCGCCGAUUCGCCUUCGUAUUCGCCUUCGGCAUUGCCCCCCGCCUUUGGCUCCGGGAAGCUGAUCAUGGAGGGCUCCCUGGGCUUCUUCGAAAGAAGAGAAGCUGACAGCGUCCAGAUGCAGAACGUGCUGUCCAUCAGGAAUCCUAAACCUCCUGAUAGAGAAGCCUGCAGCAGCGUCAGUCCCGGUGCUGCGACAGCUACUUGUGGCUCAUCAAGAUUCGACCGUCCACCAGAUUAUGAUUACCCCAUGGUCGGGAUGAACAGCCCCAGGCACCAGAGCGCGGCCGUCAGGCUGCAGAAGGUGUACAAGAGCUUCAGGACGAGGCGGCAGCUUGCGGAUUGCGCUGUUCUUGUGGAACAACGAUGGUGGAAGUUGCUUGAUUUUGCACUGCUCAAGCGGAACUCGGUGUCAUUUUUUGACAUAGGGAAGCCUGAGACUGCUGUCUCAAAAUGGUCCCGGGCAAGGAUGAGGGCCGCCAAGGUUGGAAAGGGUCUCUCCAAGGACGAGAAGGCCCAGAAACUUGCGCUGCAGCACUGGCUCGAGGCGAUUGACCCUCGGCAUCGGUAUGGCCACAACCUGCACUUCUACUACCACCGCUGGCUCCACUGCCAGAGCAAGCAGCCAUUCUUCUAUUGGUUGGAUGUAGGAGAAGGGAAAGAUGUCAACUUAGAGGAGCAUUGCCCUAGAUUCAAGUUACACAAGCAAUGUAUCAAGUACCUUGGCCCUAAAGAAAGGGAAACCUAUGAGGUGGUAGUCGAGGACAAGAGGCUGAUGUACAAGCUGAGCCGUCAGAUAGUCGACACGACCAGAAGCGUCAAGGGGACCAAGUGGAUAUUCGUGCUCAGUACAUGCAAGACACUUUACAUAGGCCAGAAGCAGAAGGGCGUGUUCCAGCACUCAAGCUUCCUUGCAGGGGGAGCCACAUCUGCUGCAGGAAGACUGGUUGUGGAGGAUGGAAUUCUCAAGGCUGUGUGGCCUCAUAGCGGGCAUUACCGGCCGACGGAGCAGAACUUCCAGGAGUUCAUGAACUUCCUCAAGGAGAGGAAUGUAGAUCUUAACAACGUGGUGUUGAGCCCAUCAGAAGGUGAAGAAGAUGGCGACUUCAGCCUGGCGAGCAGCUACUCUCAGCUGGACCUGACCCAACUCUGCCAGCAAGAAGACAGCCAAGAACAAGAGGCACAAUCUGCGCGACGCCAUGGCCAAGUCGAAGCCGAAGCCGAAGCUAGGACCUGCAGCCUGGAGCCCAGCCUGCCAUCUACAGAGACCUGCAGCACGCCGGCGACGAUCAGGAAGAGCUCCUCAGACAACCGGCUGCAAGGGAAGCGGCCGCCCAGGCUGCUGAUCAGCUCAAACAACAUAGCGCCGCUGCCGCCCACCACGCACAGCAACGCCGGGCCAUCGCCCGGCGGGAAGGACGACCUGGACCCGGACUCGGCCAUGAUGGGCGAGUGCCUCGACUUCUGCAAGCGAAACCUGUUCGCGGAGGACGGGUACGAGGACCGCUACCUGGAUGACCUCGCGGAGCUGCCGGAGGCGCUGAUCCUGAACCGCAUCAACUCCAAGCGGGCCAUGCACUCGUACCAGCUCGGGAAGCAGCUGUCCUUCCACUGGAGCACCGGCGCCGGGCCCCGGAUCGGGUGCGUCCGUGACUACCCGUCCGAGCUCCAGUUCCGGGCGCUGGAGGAUGUCAGCCUGUCGCCCCGUGGCGGCGGCAGGUCGGUGAGGUUCCCGUCGCCCAGGCCGGGCGCGCUCACGCCCAACAGCAUCCCUGCGGCCAAGUGUGGCUCUCUUACGGCGGACGGCGACGGCGUGCACGCGUCGCUCAAGCCCAGGCAGAGGAGUGCCACUUGGACUGCGUUCUGAGGGACAUACCAUGCAUGCAUGCAUGCUGCUUCCUUCAGCUUUUUUUUUUCACAGCAUUGUGACGAUAAACCGAGGGAAAAGUGAGAUAGCAUGCUCCUUCACGUAGACGAGGAUAGAAGGAUCAGCAUUGACAGACAUUUGGCAAACACUGGGUAAUGCCAUAUUGUAAUGGUACCUAUAGGUUGAUGACAAAGCUCUUGCUGUUUUAUAAGGGCACGGAAAGAGCGAAUAUGGAGUAUCCCUCACUUCAGUGAGACCGUUCUCAGAUUACGCA